AAUCGAAGACUCGAAAGCAAGCAUACAGAGUGUUUGAUAAAAUACUGUGUGAAAUUUGUGAGUGCAAUUUGGAGUGUUUCAAUGGCGUCGAGGCAAGCCAAGGAGGAGAGAGCCGAUGCCGCAGCAAGGCUCGCAGCGGAUGAGUUGAGAGACGUGAACAAAAGCCGAGUCUAUGAAGAAAAAACAAAGAUUGAGACUACUUAUACGCCUACUGAUGAGCUAGGGAGGCCAGCAGACCAAGUGCAUGAAGAGAAACCUGGGGUGAUCGGGUCGGUGCUGAAGACGGUGACCGGGAAGCUAGAGCAAGCAAAGGAUGCUGUGGUGGGGAAAAGCCACGAUGAAAGUCAUGUUGAAGAGAAGGCCAAAGAGACCACGGGCUCCGCGGGGGAGAAGAUAAAUGAGUACACGGGUACCGCGGCUGAGAAGGCGAAACAGUCUAAGGACACGGCAGCUCAAAAAGCCAAGGACGCAAAGGACAAAGGACACGGCAGCAAAAACAAGGACGCAAAGGACACGGCAGCUCAAAAAGCCAAGGACGCAAAGGACACGGCAGCUCAAAAAGCCAAGGAGGCGGAGGACACAACAAUGGGGAAAACAAGUGAGUAUACUGGUUAUGCAGCACAGAAGGCCAAGGAGACCAAGGACGCAGCAGCUCAAGAGGCCAAGGAGGCAAAGGACAGGACAAUGGGGAAAACAAGCGAUUAUACAUGUUAUGCUGCUGACAAGACAAAAGAGACCAAGGAUUAUGCUGCUGGAAAGGCUAAGGAGGCCGCCGAGAAGGCGAAUGAGACGAAAGACUCGGCAAUGGGGAAAGCUGGUGAGUAUACAAACUUUGUCACUGAGAAAGCAAAGGAUGCUAAAGACGCGACUGUUGGGAAAGCAAGCGAGUAUACAAAUUAUGCUGCAGAAAAGGCCAAGGAGGCCAGGGACACAACAGCCGAGAAGGCCAAUGAGACCAAGGACUACACAGAUGAGAAAGCAAAAGAAGGGAAGGACACGACUGUGAGUAAGUUGGGCGAGCUGAAGGACACGGCUGCCGGCGCUGCUCGAAAAGCCAUGGACUACUUGUCUGGUAAGAAAGAGGAGACCAAGCAGAAGGCUGCCGAGACUGCAGAGCAAACAAAAGAUAAGGCUGCCGACACUACCGAGAAAACAAAAGAGAAAACCAAGCGUGAGGCACGUGACAUUGAGGCUGAGAAAGGGAAGGCAGCCAAGGGAAAUAUGUUGAGCUCAUUUGGCGGCGUGACCGGUGCCAUUAAAAGCAAGUUAACUCGGCCAACCGAUGUUGUGGAGAGGGAGGAGGUUGAUGUGGCGGAGACCAGGCCAGGUGAGGUGGCGGGUAAGCUCUAUUCGUCUGACCAGAUGCAUGGUCAAAAUUUCAACGACGUGGGUCGUUUGGAUGGAGGAGGAAAAGCGCGCGUGGAGGUGCGCAUUGAUGACGAUGGAAAAGUGAGGGUGGAGAGCUCGGGUAAAAUGUGAACGCGUCCACCGUGUGUAGUG